AUGUUCUUCAAAAGCAAGUGGGAUCCCCGAGGUCGACACUGUUAUGUCACUGGCGGCUCGUCGGGGCUUGGGCUUGCCUUGGCUGUCCUCCUCACCAAGAAGGGCGCGCAUGUGUCCAUAGUCGCGCGCAAUGAGGAACGACUGCAGAAGGCACUAGAGACAUUGGAGGCUGCCCGCCAGACACAGGACCAGGUGCUAAAGUACUACUCGUUCGCGCUCAACUCUGAGGCCGGUGCUGUCGCUGCGAUCGAAGCCGCCUCCGAGGCGCACGGAGGGAGGUCCCCAGAUGCGUUCUUCUUUUGCGCGGGCAAGUCAACCCCCGGUUUCUUCGUCGAGCAGGAUGAAGCGUCCAUGAGGAAGGGCAUGGACGAGACGUAUUGGGCCCAGGCACCAUCCGCUUUAGCUGCGGCGAAGCGCAUGGUGAGCAGACGCGAGAAGGGCAAGCUCGUCUUCAUCUCUUCUGUGCUGGGUUACUUCUCCAUGAUUGGAUACUCGCCAUACACUCCCGGCAAGUUCGCCAUCCGAGGCCUUGCUGAAGCUUUGCAGUCUGAACUUAUCCUGUAUGACAUUGAUGUCCAUGUCGCAUUCCCUGGCACUAUCCUCAGCCCGGGUCUGGAGCAAGAGAACCAGGUGAAGCCUAAAGUGACCUUGAAACUCGAGGAAACGGAUGACGGCUAUACGCCUGAAGUCGUCGCAGCUGGAGUUCUCAAGGGUGUGAGGAACGGUGAUUUCCACAUAACAUACGAACUCCUUGGCCACAUCUUCCGUGCCUCCACCGCAGGGUCGUCCCCACGGAACAGCUACCUGACAGACAUCUUCUACGGCCUUAUAGGCUAUGUUGGGCUGCCGAUAUGGAGGCGGUCUGUAGAUUCUACCGUCCGAGGACAUCGCCCGGAACACGAAGAAUAUCUGUCUGCUCGAGGGUUCUUCACAGGAACAACGUCAGAGAGCACAAAGUGA